AUGAAUUUCGGCACCAACGUGAAAUAUAACAGCGAUAAAAAUAUCAAAAAGGCGCUGGGAGGCAUAGGAAUCUACCUCGUCUUCAUCACCGCGACCACCGUGGUAACCGGCUCCACACGCCAUGAGUACAUGUUCUACUUCAAUGACGCCAUAAGAUAUCAUAUCUCAAUACGCGAGAACUUUUUAUCAGAGUCAGAAUGGUGGGUACUUUUAUCGGGUAUAAUAACGCCGAUACUGAAGCUGAGCGCCGAGACCCCUGACACCAACAAUGAUAGUAGUCCAAAUGGCAACGCGAGCACACAGAACGCUCGCGAUCCACUCAUUAUGGGUAAGAACUUUGCACUGGGAGCGCCACGUUUACGUCAGAUGCGUGUUGUAAGUAGGAAAUGCAGUGAUUUGAGAAGUUUUGUGAAACCUUUCCAUAGCAUUUGUUAUCCUCUAUAUUCGUUUUGGGAUAAACAAACGGGCGGUGAACAUGUUGGUACUGAAUAUAAGUCAGCAUUUGAGUUGAGCAGUAUGCCGAUAAACGGACGUAUACAUUACUAUUGGGGCGGCAGUUACGUGCAGUAUUUUAGGCGUAAUAAGGACGAAACGGUAUCCAUACUUUUGGACUUACAACGGCUGGGUUGGUUGGAUCGUGGCACGCGUCUAAUGGUUUACGAAUUUACGCUCUUUAACAACAGUACUGAUCUCUUCAAUAAUGCCAAAGUCAUAGGCGAAGUGACUGCAACUGGCGGUGUUUUUUAUUUUCUUGAUAUGAAGAUAUUACAAAAAUAUGCUGUUUGGACUGGCAGUAUUUGGAUACUUCUAACAGCCGUCGUAUUCUAUCUAAUGGCGGCAUAUUAUAUCUUUGGCGAGGUGCGGGUGAUGCUUGAGAGAGGCUGCAAAACAUAUAUAAAAAACUUUUGGAAUUUAAUAAACUUAAUAAUUUUGUUUCUCAUUACCCUGUCUUUCUUCUAUAGCAUCUUCCAUCCCAUUUAUAUGCAUUACUAUUUAAAGCAAUUAGAAGCGGAGCCUAAUGAAUAUCACAGUUUGGAUAUUUUAUGUUGGCUAAAUAAACAUUACAUGAAUGUAAUGGCCGUUUUGACAUUCCUGGUUUGGGUUAAAAUGUUUGCGUUUUUUAGCUUUAAUAAAGUAGCCGUGCAAUUGAAUAUGACUUUUGCGAAGUGCUACAAGGAUCUUCUCGGCUUCCUCGUCGUCUUUUUCGUACUCUUUCUAUCGUAUGCUGUGCUCGGCAUGUUGCUUUUCGGUAACGAUCAUCACGACUUUUACUUGUUCUUCAAAGCCUAUUGGGCCGUAAUGCGUAUGGUGCUCGCCGAUUUUGAUUAUACAGGCGUGGAAAAAGCAAAUCGUGUGCUAGGACCACUAUACUUUGUCUCAUUCAUAAUUAUUGUCUAUUUCAUAUUGAUUAAUAUGUUUUUGGCCAUCAUUUUUGAUACAUUUCGCGAAGUCAAAAAAGUUGAAAUACCACCGGAGGAUAAUCAAUUGCGGCAAUUCUUUAAAAAGUAUUGGGACGAAGGAAAAAAUGGUGCCAAGCAGCUGCUGAAUACGAUGGGGCUGACCAAACCUAAGAGGCCAUCGAAAAGUGGUGAACGACAACGCAAAGUGGAUAGCGACAAUGAGCCGCCAUUUCCACCAACACCCAAGCCACCAAAGGAGCAAGUGACUAAAGAUGAAUUAAUUAAAAACUACUUCGAAGCCGUGAAAAACAAGCGCGAAGCUGAACAAAUUGACAAGCUAACAAAGCAUAUUGCCGCAUUAGAGGAACUUUUGGUUAAAAUGAAUGACGACAUUAAGCGUCUAGAGGCCGAAACACCUGAUCCGAGCACACGACCAGACCAACCCAGACAGGGUAAAGCGCCACCGCGUGUUAAGGUUUUCGUCAAUCGCAAAAAGUAA